AUGCCCGCUGGUGCGUUGCCACUCCGGCACCCGCCAAGCUGUUGGCCUAACUGCUGGGGAAGCCUUCUGGGCCUGCACCCCUCUUUCGAUCGUCAGCAGCGCUUGUGGGAGCGAGGGAUGAUGCGGUUCGUUGGUCGUCGUCAGAGCUCGGGCCUAGACUUUCGCGACCUGCGCUGUCCUUUCGGCACCUAUGCCCUGGACGUCGAGUUUGCAAGUUUGGAGGAAAGAGGGAGGCAGGAGGAAGACAUGUUGGGCAUCGAGGGUGCGACCACGGUUGACGUUGGCGCCAAUCUUGGUUUUCGGUCCAUUUACCUGGCAGCAAGAAUGCAGCGCUCAGUGCUGGCAAUCGAAGCGAACCCCCUGAUCUACCGGCUGCUGCUUUGGAACAUCCGAGCCAAUAAUGUGACGGAUCGUGUUUGGCCGAUCAAUGCAGCUUUGUCCGGCGACGGAUCUGGUCGCUGCGACCCUUCCUCGGGGCUGUUGGUGGACUGUGUUACUUUGCGGGUCGAUGUAGACAUCGCCAAAAGUCACCGCUCCGGUUUCGCUGGGGGCAGCUGUGGAAAGGGCGUGGCAUGCUUCAGGGUGCCAGCUUGGUCCCUGGGGAACCUCCUGGAGGCCCUGGGGAUCCAAGAGGUGGAUCACCUGAAGCUGAACUGUGAAGGUUGCGAGUACCAUGUCCUGAGUGACCCAGCAGUGCAGCACAUGACGUCCAGUGGCCGCUUGCGCAUCAGCGGUGAGAUUCACCACCCGGACAGGUUUCCCGGAAUCUCCAGCGAGAUGGCAACGGCUACCAUGGACGUCAUGUGCAAGGUUCUGCUCAAACUGGAAUCUGCCUACUUCGAAGAAGCGGAGAAGUGGGAUGCACUGCUGGAGAUUUACAUCAGCACGUUGAACCGGGCUCUGGCGGAAGGAGAUGUCACACAGAACCAUUUCGCCGACGGUUGGCCUCUUAGACAAGGGGCGGCCCAUGCCCUGGCCCUGCGCGCGCUCGGCCGACGCGAAGCUGCCCCUGGCAGGCCCCUGGACAUCAUCGUCUGCUACUGCUCGGAGCGUCUCUCUUGGCUCCGAGCCUUUCACAAAUUGCCUUGGCGGGACGAAAACCGUUCUGCCGCAAUUCGUGAACUGGUGACAUUGAGGAUUUAUCACAAGUGCGGCGGCUAUGGCACGGGCGUGCGAGAGGCGGAAAGUGAGCGCCUUCGCACCGAGUGGGGGCCGUACUUUCGGGAAGUCGAUGUGCGCUAUGUAGACGACGUCUUGCGGGCCGAUGAUGACUCGGCCUACUUGGCGUUCAUCAUCGACUGGUACGAAGAUUUGCCAGAGUACACCGUGUUCCUCCAUGCUGAUGCGCCGGAGCACAUCCCGUCGUUGGAGCUGUUGACAGACUCCGUUUAUGCUGCCAUCCGUGGUUUUCUGCCGAGUGGUAUUGGCUUCGUUCACUUCGCCCACAACUAUGUAUUGCUGGACUGGGGCUGCGACCAGCGCAAAGACUGCGAAGGUCGACAGCUUGAGCCGGAGUUCUCGACCUUGUGGAAGCGCGUUUUCGGCGCCUCUGUCGCGCCAAGCCUGGCGGCCGGGCAUGUGAACGCCUACUGCUGCGUGCAGUUCAUGGUGCAUCGCAGCCGCAUCCGUUUGAGGCCCAAGUCCUUCUACGAGCACGGGUUGGCAUACUUUGGGACCACGGCCGAGUCCUACCACCGACUCUUCCCCGUGGGGCGUGUGGUCCGGAAGGCUGAUGUGUUCGGCCGCACUCCCGGACAGCUCGCUAUGUACAUUUGGCACGCCAUGUUCGGCGAAGCUCUGAAGCUGCCACGACGGCAGCAGGCAGAGAGGGUCGAGAUUUCGGGUGUGCAAGUAGGAGAGCUUUGCAGUUUGAGCUUCCGGGGCCUAGUUGUCUUACAUGUCGAGCUUUUGACGAUCACAAAGCAACAGCGUUGA